AUGCAAAUGUUUCAUAAACGUAAUUCAAGGAAACCCUGGACACUAGCUGAAAAAAAUUUUGCUAUAAAUUUAUACUAUAAAUCACCUGCUACAUACAAAUUUCUUAGAAAUAACCAACAAAUAAUUUUACCAGGUGAAACUACGUUACGUAGGUGGAUAGGGAAGUCUAAAUUUUGUCCCGGUUUUAAUUCACUCUGGUUAAAGCAAAUUAAAAAUAAGUUGGAAACAAUGUCAGAUGAAGAAAAACACUGUGUUUUAAUAUUUAAUGAAAUGAAAAUAAAAUCUUUUUUAGAAUAUUCUAAGUAUUUAGAUAUGGUUGAAGGGUUUGAAGAUUUAGGACACAAAGGUAGAACGAAUAAAUUGGCUACGCAGGCCAUGGUUUUUGUUGUUCGAGGACUUUAUAGUAAUUGGAAAUUACCAUUGGCUUAUUUUUUAUCGGGUUCAUCAAUGAGUAGUUCAAUAUUAAAAGAUUUAAUUGUAGAUGUAAUCGAAAAAUGUACAGAUCUGGGUUGUAAUAUUGUGGCUCUCGUUUGUGAUCAAGGCUCCAAUAAUUAUUCAGCUCUAAAACACUUAGGUUGUUGCAAAGAAAAACCAUUUGUUGAAAUUAAAGGUAAAACUAUUUAUUCUAUUUUUGAUGUACCGCAUAUUUUCAAAAAUUUCAGAAACAAUUUUUUGAAAUAUAAUUUCAAAUAUAAAGGUCAAGAAGUAUCUUUUUCAGAUAUUAAGUUGGCUUAUAAUAUUGAUAAAACAAGUAAUACUAGUAGAGCCCUUUUAAAACUAACUGACAGUCAUAUGAACCCAAAUCCGUUUCAAAAAAUGAAUUGUAAACUUGCUCUUCAAGUCUUUAGUAAUUCAGUAGCAGCUGUUUUAAAAACAUGCAUUGCUACAGGUAAAAUAAAAUCAAAAACUGCCGCCGCAACCGCUGAUUUUGUUCAAGAAUUAAAUAAUUUAUUCGACUGCCUAAAUAGCAAAGCAUUAUACAGUUCCAACAUAUACUCUUGUGCUUUAAAUGACGACAAACCUUAUAUACUUAAUUGUUUAAUGAAAGCUAAAGAAUGGUGUACACAGCUGGAGUUAAUACAGCCUAUAAAAGUGUAUGGUAAAGUUCUUCCGUGUUUCGACGCCAUGAUAUGGAGCAUAAACGCAAUCAUAAUGAUUUAUAGACAACAAAAAAAUUUAGGUUCCUUUUAA